AUGGAUCUUUCUCGGCUGCAGCUACCAGCCAGAAGACCUAGCGAUGGACCGCGGUCCGAUAGGGCGUUGGCUGGGCUAUGGGGAGGAGGAGACGUUAAUGUGAACUAUUCGACUGGCAACGACGAUGAGGCAGAGGCCGCGCAGAGGGUUUUCCCGGCGCCGCUUGCUGAUUCGCCGAUCGGGAACGCCAUGUCCAAACCGGCACCCCCCGUUGUGUCUGGUUCAGUUUCGCAGCAUGGCGAGGCUGAAAAUGCAGCAAUUGAUGCGAGCUCUGUGCGGAGCAGCAAAAGUCGGUCAGCCAGUGUCACUUCCCAGAGCUCCCAUGGCUCGCGACACGACGAAGAGGGCAUUUCAAUUGUAACUCAAUCAGUUGCUUCGUUUGUGAACAAUGCUCUUCAACAGCCUCGUUACUCCACCCCGCUUGCCGGCCCGGACCUCUCCACGUUGUUUCAGUCUUUCUACAAAGAGCUUGAACAGACACUGUAUCCUACAGACGACUCCAACGUGCGUCUGCUCUCGCCGGACGAGAUGGCAGCUCGCAAUCGCCGAAAACGAUAUCUAAAACGGCUCAUGGACGGUGCCGAGCAACAGCUUGCGGGUAUCCUGUACACAAAACUGUUUGAUCCGGCUAUAGGAAGCGAUAGGGUCAUUAACAGCCGAUUGCAGGCCCGCAUAGCCACCGUUUCUGCGCAUCCUAGCUUAUCGGAGGAAUUGCAUAGUGAAAUUCCCCUUGAGGUUCGAGGAAAACUCUCUCAUGCUCUGGAAAUAUUCUCCCGCAUCGACCGCGAUAGAACCCCUCUGGCCAAGUUGGACGUGCUGGUGCAGACUCACCGGGAAAUUGUCGCCGCCCUGGAUGCCUCCGAUGUGAGUGCUGAUGCUCUUUUGCCUGCGUUUCUGUACGUCCUGUGCGAAUCGAACGUGCCCCACCUCUGGCUCAACACCGUAUACAUGCGGCGGUUCCGCAGGGCCUCGGCACUAGAAGGAGAAUACAACUACUGCUUGACGAAUUUGGAGGCGGCAGUCCAUUUGCUCAACACUUGGGUGUUUACGGAGCUGCCCGAGGGCAUCGACAUUACGCCGUUUGGCGAGAUGCCCGUGCAGGACGCCGGGGGCCGCUGGAGAGGUGCAUUGUGGAAUAGCACCCUGGGAUCAACGCUGACCACGGGCUACUCUGCGUUGCUUUCGCGAUUCCAACGAGAAAACGAGUCGCCGCGAGAAGAGCGUGACUCCCCGAGCCCCCGCAAGAAACCCGCCGUGCAUUCAAAGUUUUUAAAUCUUGACGCCGACCAACUCACAAUUGGCGAAGUCCGUGAACUGCUCCACGAGUACCGCCGUUUGGCUGCAUAUAUUCAUCGUUAGUCGCAAAAAAAUCAUCUUUUGU